CACCGGGGCAUCGCGACGGCGAAGAUGUCGGCUUCCUUAGUCCGGGCAACUGUCCGGGCUGUGAGCAAGAGGAAGCUGCAGCCCACCUGGGCAGCCCUCACCCUGACACCUUCAGCAGUAAACAAGAUAAAACAACUUCUUAAAGAUAAGCUUGAGCAUGUAGGUGUAAAAGUUGGUGUCCGAACCAGGGGCUGUAAUGGCCUUUCUUAUACUCUAGAAUAUACAAAGACAAAAGGAGAUUCUGAUGAAGAAGUUAUUCAAGAUGGAGUCAGAGUGCUCAUUGAAAAGAAAGCACAGCUAACACUUUUAGGAACAGAAAUGUGCUAUGUUGAAGACAAAUUAUCCAGUGAGUUUGUGUUCAAUAACCCAAACAUCAAAGGGACUUGUGGCUGUGGAGAAAGCUUUAAUAUUUGAAAUCUCAGGACUCUUCUGGCCGUAGGUUCCAGGAAAGCUCGUGGAAGCUUUGGGGCUCACUGCAGAAAUCAUGUGACUGUCACGUGCUGGAAAAUAAAGUGAUACAUCUUGAAAAUGAAGCCAGUGUGUUGGAUUCUAGAAGAAAUGAUAUUUAUAUUCUCUAUAGGGGACAGAAAAUGAGAAGCCAUCACUCUCUUUGGAUCAUUUAGGUCUCUUGCAUCCUUUAUUUUAGAACCAGUUUCAUUAAAGUUGCCUUCCUGGGCACCUGUUUAUCCAUUUCCUGAA